ACUGAACUGAGUGAGUACCGCAGUCGCAAGGACAAGUUAGCACCCUCUAUGAUAUUCAGCUGUAGACUGAGAACGCUACCCAGAUCAUUUUAAGGGAGCAUGAUUCCAGUGACAGAAUUCCGGCAGUUCACGGAACAACAGCCAGCGUUCCGGGUUCUCAAACCAUGGUGGGAUGUGUUCACAGACUACCUCUCUGUGGUCAUGCUCAUGAUAGGCGUGUUUGGAUGCACUCUGCAGGUGAUGCAAGACAAAAUCAUAUGCCUUCCUCAAAGGUCAAAUCAGACAGUGCUGAUGAACACAACUUUUCCCUCAUCAUCUGUAUCCUCAGUGCCUGUGGUCCAAGAGCUGAAAGGACUGAAGACCAACUUGGAUAUUCAGCAGUAUAACUACAUAAAUCAAAUAUGCUACGAAAAGGCACUUCAUUGGUAUGCCAAGUAUUUCCCAUACCUGGUUCUCAUACAUACCCUCAUUUUCAUGGUGUGCAGCAAUUUCUGGUUCAAGUUUCCUGGCUCCAGCUCAAAAAUUGAGCACUUUAUAUCCAUACUAGGCAAAUGUUUUGACUCUCCGUGGACUACAAGAGCGCUGUCAGAAGUAUCAGGGGAGAAUACUGAAGAGAAAGACAACAAAAAGAACAGUGCCAGUAGGUCAAACCUUGAUUCUCCAAUUGGUGAGGGCAACCUAGAGAAGACUCCAUCUCUCAGAUCCAUUCCUGAGAAAAUUGUUGUGGACAAGCCAGCACCCAGUGUCCUUGACAAGAAGGAGGGAGAGCAAGCCAAGGCCUUGUUUGAGAAGGUCAAAAAAUUUCGGCUACACGUGGAGGAGGGUGAUAUAUUGUAUGUAAUGUAUGUCCGUCAGACUGUUGUAAAAGUGCUUAAAUUUAUCCUUAUAAUUGCUUACAACAGUGCUCUGGUGUCAAAGGUUCGGUUCACUGUUAGUUGUACUGUGGACAUACAACACAUGAUAGGUUACCGGGACUUCUUUUGCAAUCAUACUAUGGCCCAUUUAUUCUCUAAGCUCUCCUACUGUUAUUUGUGUUUUGUCAUUGUUUAUGGACUCACUUGCCUUUAUACAUCCUACUGGUUGUUCUAUCGUUCUCUGAAGGAAUACUCUUUUGAAUAUGUAAGGCAAGAGACUGGAAUUGAUGACAUCCCAGAUGUGAAGAAUGACUUUGCUUUCAUGUUACACAUGAUUGAUCAGUAUGAUCCACUGUACUCCAAGAGGUUUGCUGUGUUUCUAUCAGAGGUCAGUGAAAACAAGCUUAAACAGCUCAACCUUAACCAUGAGUGGACAGCUGACAAGCUUCGUCAGAAGCUGCAGACCAAUAGCAAUAACAGGCUGGAACUUCAACUCUUCAUGCUCUCUGGUCUCCCGGAUACCGUUUUUGAGGUGACAGAGCUGCAGUCUUUGAAGCUUGAGAUUAUUAAUAAUGUUACCAUACCUGCAGCUAUCGCCAAGCUAGACAAUCUCCAGGAGCUUUCACUUCAUCAGUGCUCGCUCAAGAUCCACAGCGCAGCCACAUCAUUCCUCAAGGAGAACUUGAAGGUGUUACGAGUGAAGUUUGAUGACUUUCGUGAACUUCCGCAGUGGUUGUAUGUGUUACGGAACUUGGAAGAACUCCAUCUGAUUGGCUCUUUGUGUUCUGAUGCAUCAAAGAAUAUAACUCUAGACUCUCUACGAGAGCUAAAGGCCCUCAAGACCCUGACACUCAAGAGCAACUUCAGCAAGAUCCCUCAGUCUAUUGUGGAUGUGGCCAGCCAUCUACAACGUCUCUGUAUUUGCAAUGAUGGCACCAAGCUGGUUAUGCUAAACAACCUUAAAAAGAUGGUGAAUCUUGUAGAACUUGAGUUGGUGCACUGCGACCUGGAACGCAUACCGCAUGGCAUUUUCAGCCUCACUAAUCUGCAGACAUUGGACCUGAAGGAGAACAAUCUACGCUCCAUUGAAGAGAUUGUCAGCUUCCAGCACCUCCGUAAACUGACCUGUCUGAAGCUCUGGCACAAUGUCAUCACUUUUAUUCCUGAACACAUAAAAAAACUUGGCAGCUUGGAUCGCCUAUACCUUAGCCACAACAAGAUCGAGAUUCUGCCUUCACACUUGUUCCUCUGCACCAAACUGCGCUACCUUGAUCUUUCCAACAACGACAUCCGUUUUAUCCCACCGGAGGUUGGCGUUCUCCAGAGCCUUCAAUACUUUUCUGUUAGUUGUAAUAAACUCGAAAAUAUUCCAGAUGAACUCUUUUUCUGUAAGAAGCUGAAAAAUCUCAGGCUCGGCAGGAACACACUGUCUGUUCUCUCACCAAAAAUUUCUUACCUAAGUGUACUGACUCACUUGGAGUUAAAGGGUAAUCACUUUGAGGUCUUGCCAGCCGAACUGGGCUGUUGCCGUACCUUGAAGCGGAGUGGACUUGCGGUAGAAGAUGUGCUGUUUGAGACACUGCCUGCAGAUGUCAGGGAACAAAUGCAAGAAGAGUGAUGUUCAAAUGGUUUGCUUUAAUGCCAAAUGCUAAUCAGACUUAAGAGACAGUACUCAAAGUGUUCCGUCCUGUAGUAUGUUUUGUGAUCUCAAUGGGUGAGUACCUGCAAUUUCAUGAUUAGAUUUGGACAUAAAAAUGCUUAAAGGAAUAUUUCAUGACCUUUUUUUCUUCUGUAGAACACAAAUUAAGAUUUUUAGAAGAAUGUCUCCCCUCUGUAGGUCCAUACAAUGCAAGUGAAUGGUGGCCAAAU